GUCCCGGAGCCGUGGCUGCCUUCAUGGUCUGCAUUGCGACGCGUACUUCAGCAGAUAGAAUUCGUGCUAAUAAUUCUCCAGCGGGGAUAACGGGGUUGGGUUUGACAUGGGAGUUGAUGCGCGAAAGACAUCAAGGCUCAUGCAAUACUGCUUUAGACUUCUCUUACCUUGUGCUGCUUCCAAACAUUUCGACUGCUCAAAAUUUCGAAGAUCUUCUUACAAAUCUGUUCUGCGACUGGUAUUGGCUACCUCGAGAUAUGGAUAGAUGUCUUAGAUCUAGUCUUAGUGCUCUCCUCCUCUCUAGCAGAUUAUUGGUGGCUUUCGAAAUUCGUUCCAAGUUCCUUGUUCGAAGCAUUGAGGCACUUUCUCCUCAGAUUCUCAGUUCUCUAGAAGCAGGUCGUAGUCCUUCGUUGGAUCGAUCUCCGCAUGUGUCGUACCGUUGGUUGACUCCCAUGUCCACCCAUGUUUCCCAAUUCCCCUUUGAUGGAUUGAACCCAGUAUCACAAGCGACAGAGAAAAUGGCGGACGACGAAAUCAAUAUAUCAAAUCAUGAUAAUCAAGAUAUGGAUAACGAAGAUUUUGCCGAUGAUGACAUCGAAGAUGUGGACUUGAAACAAGGAGAGGAUGAGCAGGAUGAUCAACUGAUAUUACUGACGCAGAGGAAGGCUGCAUUAAAGGACCGCAUCACGCCAUCUAGACCAAAUACAAAUGUGUAAGG